AUGACACAGGUAGCUGAUGAUCAUGAUUUGGGACGAGAUCAAGUCUUGAACAGCGGAGAGCAAAAUGGGUACGCGGUCGAUACCGCUAUAAUUCCAAGAUUACUACCUAUAAGUGAAACUAUGGAUGCUACACCUAACUCUACCCCAUCCAAGAAGAGGAAAAAAUUGUUAUCAAGCCCAAUGAAGAAAAUUAGGCUAUUGACUAGAAAAACCCUGUUAGAAAGCAAUAAAACCGAUGCGAAAAGUCAGUUAAGUGAAAUUGAAUCACCUUUCAAAGAGUUUCAAAACUAUAUGCUACGCCACUUGUACCAAACGUUACCAAGUCCUGAAGUAACAGUGUACCCGUAUUUGAGAGACACGCAACAGGAAAUUGAUAGAAUCUUGAAACAAUCUAUAAUUCAAAAGGAAUCACAUUCUGCAAUUUUGGUAGGCCCUAGAAAUAGUUAUAAGACGUUCCUUUUAAAUCAUGAGUUAAAUUUAUUAUCGAAGAAAUAUAACCGGCAGUUUAUUACUAUAAGACUGAAUGGGUUUGUUCACUCUGAAACUACUGCCAUUAACAGUAUUGCAACUCAACUGGAAGAAGAAUUGACAAGAUUGCAUCAUAAUAAUAGUACCAGCUCAGCAGAGGAAAGUAUCAGUAGUGGUUCCAAUACUGAAGUUUUUGAAAAGGUUCUUCGAUUAUUAGAUUCAACAAGUGUCAUUUCUAAAGAAGGCAAUGAUAGCAGGACAACUGGCGGCAAAAAUAUUACUAAGAUAACGGUUAUCUUCAUAUUUGAUGAGAUCGAUACAUUUGCCGGACCGGUAAGGCAGACAUUAUUGUACAACUUAUUUGAUAUGGUAGAACAUGCAAGGGUACCAGUUUGUAUCUUUGGAUGUACAACAAAACUGAACAUCCUUGAAUAUUUGGAAAAAAGAGUGAGAAGUAGAUUUUCCCAACGUGUGAUCUAUAUGCCUCAAGUUCAAGGGCUAGAUAACUUCAUUGAGAAUGUUUCUUCAAUGCUUACUUUGCCUGCUAAGAAAAAUAAAGAGAGCAAUUGGUUGACAGAAUGGAACACUUGUGUUGAGAAAUUAUUAUCAAAUGAAAACUGUCCUCUUUAUAAAGCUUUAAAGACCAAUUAUGAAACAUUCAAUUCUCUAACUUACUUCAAGAAUGGAUUUGUUACAUUAGUACGGGAAGCCAACAAUUUUGAGUCCCUGCUAGAGAAAUUGAACGACGCUACGCCUAUUACUUCAUAUAACAGUCAGUUAUUGAAUAAUAGUCUUACCUCUAUUAUAAGAUCAUUAUCAGAUCUAGAAUUGGCAAUCUUAAUAUCUUCAGCACGUGUAAUAAUGAAAACGAAAGACGAAACUACAAAUUUCAACCUCUCAUAUGCAGAAUAUCAACAAAUAGUCAAGGGAAUGAAUGCCAGAAUACCCACUAUUGUGCCCUCAUCUGAACAGACAUCGCCUUUCAGGCAACCAGCGUCCACUUCAGCAUCCCCUGUCAAGAACUUCGAUCAAACCAUAAAGCAAUGGAAGAAAUCUGAUGUGAAGAACAUAUGGGAGUCCUUAUUAAAUUUGAAUUUACUGAUUGAAAAAUCUGCUCUGGGAUUGAAAGAGACCUCUUUACAGGCAUAUUUCGCCAAUAAUAAUCAUCUACAGACCGCAAUCAUCCCCUUUGAUUUGAGGCCCUAUCAAUUAAGCGUAACCUUACAAGAACUAAGACGGGUCGUGCCUAGAUCCUCAAUUUACUACUCCUGGACUCAAUUGUAA